AUGUAUGAGGAAUGGCCCAUUCUGGAAUUUCCUGAUAUUGGUGCUAGUAUCUUGGGGCUUUUUACUAAAAAUACUAGUGAAUCCGUAGCGUCUUUCCUGUUAUACGAGCUGACUAGAGAAGAAACAGAAGAUGUACCUUCCAUUCGGUUGAACUCAGAGGAUCAGUUAAGAUGGUCUAUGCAGGUUCUCAACCACUCCUUAACUUUCUCGUUCAUGUCGAACAGAGAGUACAACACCAUCCGUGGUGCAGUCAAGAUCUAUCUUCACUGGCUUCGAGCUUUAACCGAUUUACCUGAUGGAACUAUACCAACACCUCUUCUGGAGACUCCUGAAAAGUAUUUUCGAACCAUCAUCGAAGCAUUGAGAUGCGUCUUCUGUAGAAGAGAUGAUUUAGCAAUUACCGAUCAUGAACGUAGAGAGGGAGAACUAUCAAAUGUUCCACGGGGUCUGGCUAUAGAGAGACAAGCAACGGAAAUAGAAAUCAUUUUGGACACCGUGAAAGCUUUGACUCAAUCAGCUAGCCGGAAGUAUCAAAACGAAGUGUGGGCUAGGUCUUUGAGUUUCCUUUUGAACUCAGCAGACUUACUUUUAGCAGACCCUUCAUCUUCAGAAGAAAUGGGGAUACGUGUUGGUUCUCGGGUUGUUGAUACUCUCUUUGAGCUUUGGUUCCGUGCAGUGUUGAACGAAGAAAUACCCUCACCCACAUAUUGGAGAACACUCUCUGUGCUUUGCCGCAGAUGGAGGCAUCAUGUGACUGUGAUAGAAUCAUGGGCAAGGAAACUUCUCUCCAUGACCGUCUUAGUUUGCAGAAAAAUGUAUGGUGAUGAGUAUAGUCGAGUUUUGAUCCAUGACGAUAGUAUAAUUCCAUUCGGUCUUCUACCUGCUAGUGAUGAAGGAGAAAUUGAUCUCUUAUAUCAAAGCUGGUUCAAUUUGCUCUGCUUGAUUGGGAGCCCUGCAACAAUUUUGAAGCACGAUCCCUGGCAAAACAAACCCAUUCACAAUGGCGAGCAGAUAACAGUCAAUCCAAACGAUUCGGCAAUCCCGUCUCUCCCUUUAUGCUUCUUCCUAGCCACAACUGCUAUUCAAAGAAUGAUCGACGUGUUCUAUGGAGACAAUCGCGUUCCUAUAGAAUUUAAAGAGUCUGAUGUUCUUAUCAGAAAAUGGACAUUAUCAUCAGUGGGAAGUGAAGAAACAACAAGUUAUCGUCAUAAGAGCGAGCGAGAAGCUGCAAGUGUUCAUACCGACCACACAAAGGAUACCCAAUGCACCGAGUCAACGUUAACUGGUGAACGUAGAGGUUCUUGCUCUUCUUCAGUUAGUGGGAGAGAUGCGCGGCUAUCUUCCGAAAUGAGCAGAAAAGCACAGAAGAGACAUUCAGAUCGAAGUGGUAAAAAUGAAAGUGCCUCGCAAACAGUUCAGCCUCAGUAUAGCAGACUGGAACCUUCGCUUAGUCAGCAUGCAACUUCUCUACCGCCCUUGCAGAUGGCAUCUGGCUCUCAAGUGAGCAGUAAAGCUGGUGAGAGUGUCAGUACUCGCUUUGACGUUAAUGGGAAAGCGAGUUUGGCUUCGUGUGCCCAAAGUCGUCCUGGUGCUUCUCAUUUCGUUGGUCAUGCGCUAAGCGCAAAUCCUUUAUAUCCGGCUUUCAUUGGUGAGCGUGGUCCUAAAAGUGAACGAUUAUUAAAUCUAACAAUGAAUUGGUUACUGGAAGCUAGUACUGCUGGACGUCAGGAUAAGGAUCGAACUGGUGGUGGAGAUGUGAUAGACGGUAUGUUAUAA